AUGUUGGCCCGAGAUGACCCCCACAUCGAGGAGCUCAUCAAGAAGAUGACUAUCGAGGAGAAGGCUGGGCAACUCACGAUUCUGGCGGACACCAUCCGGCCUUCCAACCCGGACAUCAACCCUGAGGUGAACGUCCGGCAGGCGGACGAGAUGGUGGAGCAGAUCCGGAAGAGCCGGGUGGGGUCCUUGUUCAACGGGGUGGGGGUGAAGGAGGGCCGCGAGGCCCAGCGCAUCGCGGUGGAGGAGACGAGGCUGGGCAUCCCGCUCAUUUUUGGCAGCGACGUGAUCCAUGGCAUGUGGACCAUUUUUCCCAUCCCGCUGGGGGAGGCAGCCAGCUGGGACGUGGAUUUGGCCUUUAAGACGGCCCGGGCCACUGCGCUCGAGGCAACGGCCUCGGGCAUACACUGGACCUUUGCUCCCAUGGUGGAUGUGGCCAGAGACCAGCGUUGGGGAAGAGUCGCCGAAGGCUCUGGGGAGGACGUGUGCCUGGGCAAGGCGCUUGGGGUGGCACGGGUGAAAGGCUUCCAGGGCAGCGAUCUGCAGGCGGCGGAUUGCCUGCUGGCAACCCCCAAGCACUUCGCCGCCUAUGGCGGGGUCUCCGGAGGCAUGGAUUACAACUUCGUGGAGGUCUCGGAAGCCACGCUGCGGGACGUGCAUCUGCCGGCCUUCAAGGCCUGCCUCGACGCCGGGGCGCUGACGCUGAUGAGCGCCUUCAACGACAUCGCGGGGGUGCCGGCCUCCGGCAACAGGUGGCUUCAGACCGAGCUCUUGCGAGGAGAAUGGGGGUUCAAAGGCUUCGUGGUGUCGGACUACACAGCCGAUGAAGAGUUGAUCGAACACGGCUUUGCAGCGGAUGGGCGAGAUGCUGCUCGUUUGGCCUUCAACGCUGGAGUGGACAUGAGCAUGCAGAGUGGCUUGUACGUUCAGCAUUUGCCGGAUUUGGUGGCCAAGGGGGACGUUUCCAUGGAAGAUGUGGAUGAGGGCGUGCGGCGGAUUCUGCGGAUCAAGAAAGCGAUUGGCUUGUUCAAGAACCCUUACAAGUGCCUCGACUUCGAGGUGGAGAAGACGUUGGACAAGCUGAAGGCGGCGCACAAGGACUUGGCCCGUGAGGCGGCCAGGAAGUCCAUCGUCCUCUUGAAGAAUGAGGGCAACGUGCUGCCCCUGAAGAAAACCCAGAAGAUCGCGCUGAUCGGGCCCUUCUCCUCAGACAGCGACCUGGAGGGAUGCUGGACGGUGUAUGGAGACAAGAAGCUCUCGGUGCCGGUGGACGCGGGCCUGCGGGCCGCCGGGGCCUCGAACCUUUGCGUCGUCAAGGGCUGCGAGGUGGAGGCGCCGCUGGCAGGGGGCAUCGAGGAGGCGGUGAAGGCCGCGGAGAGCGCCGAGGUGGUGCUGCUCUGCGUCGGGGAGGCCUCGGACUUCUCCGGAGAGUCCCAGAGCCGGACGCAGAUCGUGGUGCCCAAGGCCCAGCUGGAGCUGGCGGAGGCGGUGAUGGCCACCAAGAAGCCCGUGGUGGUGCUGCUGCGCACGGGCCGCGCCCUGGCGCUGGGGAAGCUGCAGGAGGCGAGCGGGAUGUUGGUGACCUGGUUCCUGGGCACCCAGACGGGCCCGGCGGUGGCCGACGUGGUCUUCGGGGAUUACAACCCCUCAGGCAAGCUGCCGGUGAGCUUCCCGUCGGACUCGGGCCAGCAGCCGCUGUUCUACAACACCCCCAGGACGGGACGGCCACAGAGGGACAUGCCCAGAACCUUCAAGGCCAGCUGGCGGGAGGUGCACCCCAGGGCCUUGUACCCCUUCGGCUUUGGGCUGAGCUACACGUCCUUCGCCUUCGCGCGGCCCCAGCUGAGCACUGCGGCGCUGGGCUGGGACGAGGCGCUGGAGGUCACUGUGGAGGUGACGAACACGGGCCAGCGAGCGGGGGAGGAGGUCGCGCAGCUGUACAUCAACGACUGCGUGGCCAGCCGCGUGCGCCCAGUCCAGGAGCUGAAAGGCUUCGAGAAGGUCUGCCUGAAACCGGGGGAGGCGAAGAAAGUGAGCUUCAAGCUGCGCCGGGAGGACUUGUCCUUCCACGGGGCAGAUGGGAAGCUCAUUGCGGAGCCUGGCGACUUCAAGCUGUGGGUUUCCAACUCCUCGGCCUCCGGGGAGGAGGUCACCUUCCGGCUGCUGGCCUCGGGCAAGAGGGCAGGCGCUUGA